AUGUCAAUAGAACUCAACUGGGAGACGCUCACUACGGGCCCCGAUGGAGAGGCACUAGCCCUCCGCAUCCGUGACUUCAUCCACACAAAAUUUCAGGCUGUGCCUCUCCCACGGUUCAUUAAGUCUGUCAAAGUACACGACUUUGAGUUUGGAACCAUCGCGCCUGAGCUGGAGCUCAAGGACAUUACCGACCCGUUGCCAGACUUUUAUGAGGAGAAUCCGGAUAUUGAGGACGAUGAGGAGGAAGAGGAUGCUGUUGAGGAACCCCCGCUGCCGCCACCACAGCAGCAUGUACCAAGAGAGCUGAGCGCAGCUGAGAGAAGGAGGCAAAGGGAAGAGGCAUCACUGCCACCAAGGCUAAGGACGCAUGCGCUGAGAGGGCAGUCUGGAGACUUUCCGAGCCCGUUUUUGGGCGUGUCAACGCCGGGGAUUCUGGGUGGUGCGUCGAAUUUACACUAUUUUCAGUCGCACUUGGGAACCGGCUGGUCGGGGACCCAGACGCCACUCGCAGCGGUAGCCGGCGCGCACCACAGGCUGGACUCAUCGGCCAUGGCAUCUCCUGUGGGUUCACCAUUGCUGAAUGGCUACUCGCCGAGUCACAGCCGGCACGCAUCGCAAAGCUCAAUAUCCGUCAGCGACUUCAACCCCGCAGCCUUUGCUCAGCAAAACCAACAGCAACAGCAGGACCUGAGGGAGAAGGCGAGCGUGUCUACACUAGCACCAACAUCCGCGGGAGCGUCGAGGCCGCCCACAAGGGACACGCACAUUGCUUCCGGGUCUGCGCCCAUUGAGGAGGAAGAGGAUGAAGAGGCACCUGACGAGAAUGCGCCAAGAUUCCGGGAGCCCAAGCCAGAUGACUUGCAGGCCGUAUUCCGUAUUCGGUAUGCGGGCGACGUGCGGCUGCGGCUGACGGCGGAGAUCCUGCUUGAUUACCCGAUGCCCAGCUUCGUGGGAAUACCCGUGCAACUAAGUGUCACGGGUCUGACGUUUGACGGGGUGGGAGUGAUGGCGCACAUCAGAAAAAGGAUACACUUUUGCUUCUUGAGCCCUGAAGAUGCGGUCACGGCGGUUGGUGCGGACGAGGCGGGACCCAGCGAGCCUGGAAAGAGGUUCGGAGGUCUUUUGCAGGAGAUUCAGGUCGAGAGCGAGAUCGGGCUCCGAGAUGGUGGGAAACAGAGCCUCAAGAACGUUGGCAAGGUGGAGAGGUUUGUGUUGGAACAGGUGCGAAGGAUAUUUGAGAAUGAGUUUGUGUAUCCCAGCUUCUGGACAUUUCUGGUCUAG